AUGCCGGCGUUAUUAGAACAACCGUAUCUGGUAGCGAUCGGCCUCCGAAUGUUACUUCUCAUAUCGCUGGCAGCCGCGUGUGAAGCGUACGACGAAUCCACCGGCUACAUCGUAGGUGUCGUUCUGGGAAGUGCAAUAGGUGGCAUCGUUUUCAUUGUAAUCGUCGCCAGUUUAUUCUACUUUUUCUAUCUGCGGAAAAUAUGUAAAGAGAUGCAGAUGCAAAAGCAGGAGAAAAUGCUUGGCGUCAAGCCGUUUCAGAAACAACAACAAGUGGUGGUGGACAACCACUACAGCAUCGGUACGGCACCGACGACAGUCGUGCCUGCGUUCACGCAGAGUCACGACAGUACGGUGCUCCCUCCGGAGUCACCACGAUUUCAGCCAGCGACGUCGACGUCAACGUCGAAACGACCUGUCGCGCUGCAAAAGGCCGAACAGUUUAGCAACAGCACCAGCUCAAAGGUGUCGUCCGAGUAUAGUACGCGCAGCGUAGUGGACAGCAAGACGUUGUCGGCCGUGUAUCGCGACUCGGCCGUGUGA